GGGCGGAGCCGCGCGGACGGGCCGGGGGCUGGAAGAUGGCGAACGUGCAGCUGGAGUUCCAGGCUAGCGCCGGCGAGGCGGACCCGCAGAGCCGCCCGCUGCUCGUCCUGGGCCAGCUCCACAACCUCCACCGCCUGCCCUGGGCGCAGCUGCGGGGCAAGCUGCAGCCGCGGGUCACGGAGGAGAUAUGGCAAUCUGCUUUAAGCACUCUGAAUCCAAACCCCACCGACAGCUGUCCUCUCUACCUGAAUUAUGCCACUGUGGCCGCUUUGCCUUCCAGGGUCAGCCGGCACAAUAGUCCAUCUGCAGCUCAGUUCAUCACCCGCCUCGUUAGAAACUGCCUUCCAGGAGGUGUCAACAGAUGCAUUGUUAUGGUCUGUGAGCGAUCUGAAGUCUUUGCUUCUGCAUGUGCGUUGGCCAGGGCUUUCCCCUUGUUCACACAUCGCUCCAGCGCAUCGAGACGCACAGAGAAGAAAACUGUAACCAUCGAGUUUUUCCUAGUUGGACAAAACAAUGGACCAAUAGAAGUGGCAACACUUAAAAGUCUGGCAAGUGCUACAGAGGGAGUCAGGCUGGCUGCUCGGAUUGUGGACACCCCAUGCAAUGAGAUGAACACAGAUAACUUCCUGGAGGAAAUAAAAAAAGUUGGCAAGGACCUUGGGAUUACUCCUACCAUUAUUCGAGAUGAGGAGCUGAAAGAGAGAGGCUUUGGAGGUAUCUAUGGCGUUGGCAAGGCAGCUCUGCAUCCUCCAGCCCUAGCAGUUCUCAGUCACACUCCCGAUGGUGCUACACAGACCAUUGCAUGGGUGGGCAAAGGUAUUGUGUAUGACACUGGAGGACUCAGCAUUAAGGGAAAGACUACUAUGCCUGGAAUGAAACGAGAUUGUGGUGGAGCAGCUGCUAUUUUGGGUGCCUUCAAAGCCACUGUAAAGCAAGGUUUCAAAGACAAUCUUCAUGCUGUUUUUUGUUUGGCUGAGAAUGCAGUAGGACCACAUGCAACAAGACCUGAUGACAUUCAUGUUCUUUACUCUGGAAAGACUGUGGAAAUCAAUAACACUGAUGCAGAAGGUAGACUGAUACUGGCUGAUGGAGUAGCUUAUGCCUGCAAAGAUCUUGGAGCUGAUAUCAUUCUCGAUAUGGCUACUCUUACUGGAGCUCAGGGGAUUGCUACAGGAAAGUACCAUGCUGCUGUCCUUACCAAUAAUGAAGAGUGGGAAAAGGCUUGUGUUAAAGCUGGCAGGAAGUGUGGAGACUUGGUCCAUCCUCUUGUGUAUUGCCCUGAGCUCCACUUCAGUGAAUUUACCUCUGCUGUAGCUGACAUGAAGAACUCUGUGGCAGACCGAGACAAUACCCCAAGCUCCUGUGCUGGGCUCUUCAUUGCUUCUCACAUUGGCUUCGACUGGCCUGGAGUCUGGGUCCAUAUAGACAUUGCUGCACCUGUUCAUGCAGGUGAACGAGCUACUGGCUAUGGUGUAGCUUUGCUGCUGUCCCUGUUUGGUGGGGCAUCUGAAGACCCUUUGCUAAACAUGGUGUCUCCUCUUGGGUGCAAUGGAGACUCUCCCACUGAAGAUAUGGAGAGGGAUUCCAAAAGGCGCCGCUUGGUUUGAUGUGCCCCCGGGCCGAAGCGACGGGGUGCGUGGGUUACCUCACUUUGCACUGAUUCAUUCUCAAGCAAUGAACACGUCACACGUCAGAAAUUGCCAUUGUUUGUACGAUCGUGAUGAGAUUUAUUACUUGGUUCUGAUAAAAACAGCCUGAUUUCUUGGGGGUUUUUGUUUCUGUUUAUUUUGGUUUUAAAUUAUUGGUGCACACAAUUGCUGAACAAUAUCAGUGCUGCAGAGUCCAGGCUCAACUAACUGUUAUCGGGGAGAGGGCACAUCCUCCUCUGAGCUCCUCACAGAUCCUAACUAAGUGCAUUAAUGCAUGAGAAGCUCUCCCUAGUCUGAAGAAGCAACUGCAGCUAUUGCUUACAAAGCCUUCUGAAUUAAUUACAUGUGAGGAUUUAUCAGACAUCUCUGUGGGCCCCACUACGUCCCAGAACACAGGACAAGGAAGAGAAGCCUCUGUAGACUUGGCUUCUUCAGUGACAAUUUAGCUUAGCAGCAAAGGAGAUGUAAUGAGAAGAGGCCUAUAGUUUUAAUAAGGUGCUGUUUCCGCAUGUUUCAUGUUUUUCUGACCAGUAAAAUCAGCAAGAGUUGUCCAGAGCAUAUCUCUGCUUAAAUCUUUCACAUACAAAUGACAGAAUGUAUUCAUGUUAAAUGAGGGAAAAAAAAAAUAGAGGGACUGUGAUUGGAGUGAAAUGGGUUUACAAAGCAGAGUGGCUUCUUGCCACUUGAUAGAUUUAUUAUUAUUAAAGCAGCUUACGGAUCCCAUGUGGUGUUUCAUGGUGUUAUUUACCUUGCUGAGAACACUCGAGUGUUCCAAAAGCUUGUGUGUGACAUCAUUAACUCUGUUCCUUUUCCCAGCACUCACAUAUCUGAAAACAGACUUAACAGCUCACACCAAAUGGUUUGGGGCAGUUGCUCUCACACUGAUCCACUUCGUUUGGUUCAGCAACAACCCAGGAUGCAGAGUAUUAGUUUCUGUGUAAGCCAGGAGUUUACAAGGGGCUUACAAGUGAAAGCUUGGCUUGGACACCCAUGGGAAAGGGCUUGCCCAAAUUUAUGUAGUGUCAUCGUUGGAGUUGGGAACAGAGUGACCAAGUUUUACUCAGUGCUGGUCCCUGCCCCGUGGUUCAAGCAUCGGCCAUUGGAAGCAUUUCUUGGCUCAAGCGGUGUUGAUGAUGAAAAAUCCCACCCAGCACACGCUUUUGGCUGCUUUGCAGAUAAAGUCCAGCUGAGCUGUGAUGAAUUGCACCUUUCUCUGUCGGAGGUGAUCUCUGGAGAGAACUGGUGUUAGGUUUUAGAUGGAGUUCCAACAAUGAGGUACACAUCUGGUUUAGACAUGAGUCUUUCUGAUUAAAGACUUCAUGGAAAGCUUAACGUAGAGGGAGAAGAAACAUUUUUCAUCCUGUCUUUGUGGCUACAUUUGAUUCUUGGGCAGAAAGUAAGUUUUCUUUAGGAAAAAAAUAGAAAACCCAAAACUAAAUCACUUUCUCCAUUUGCUGUUCUGAUUUCUGGUCCACUUGAUCAGAGUUUUAAGAGAUCCGUGUUAUCAAUGAGUUCUGCCUUUGGUCAUUCGAGACACUCAGGCCAGAGCCCUGUCUGGUACCAAAAACUCUUGUGGCAAAUGGGUUUCUGAAGAGUUAUUUUCACUAUUGGCUCUGUCUGACCACUGCAGCUAAUGGCAAAAUGUUCCCAUUUGAGUGCUCUGAAAUCAACUCCUCAGUCUCCAUCGUGUAGAAACACUGUUCCAAUUAGUCCUCAUUUUGAAAUGUAGUGUUUUGCCAAAAUGAGGCAGAUUUUUACAUUUUUACAGCCUGCAGUUUUGUGGCAUGAGGCUGAAUUCUCCUGUGACUUCCUGAAUGCAGCAAGCCCAAAUAAAGAAGAAGGUUUUGGUGAUUGAUUAUCAUUAUUCUUCAGUUUUGCUGUCUGUAUAACUGCUGGAUUUCAUUUGGAAGGCACAUAACAGCAGCCAUCUUUAAAAAGCAAUAUCAAUGUAAAGAAAUGCCUGAAAAGCAAAGAGGAAAUAAAAAACUGACACCUGGCUUAAGUUUGCUUAAGCAGAGUCAAAUAAAUCAGUCCAACACUUCACAGGUCUGAUGCUUCCACUGUUUCAGAGAUAGAAACUAAAAAUCAAGCCUUUUUUAAA